AUGGAAAAGGUUACUGAACAUUUGAAUGAAUUCAAAUCUAAAAUACCAAACAGUGUGGAGGAAUUACAAGACUAUCUUGAUUAUCUCAAGGAAAAAAUCCCCACUUCAUAUGAUGAUUUCAAACCGCAGAUUGAAUAUGUGAAGUCAAUUAAAGGUGAAGAUGUUGUUAAUGACUUUAAAAACUUGAAAGUAUCUCCAAUUACAGUGUCAUUGACUUUGGUAGCUUUUACCACAUUAUACUUGUUUGGGAAAUUGAUUGGUGGGGGUCGUGCUGAAGAAACCCCAAAAAAGAAACCAAGAAAGAAGUUAACUAAAGCCCAAAAGGCAAACAGACAAAUCCAAGAGAUUUUGGAUUAUGUUGAACUGACAUAUGUUCCUGAAAUUGAUAAAUUUAUAGAAACCUAUAAAGAAUUGUCAUCUGAAGACGUUGAGUAUAAAUUCAAUUAUUUCGACGAAAUGUUAUUGAAAGAAUUGAUGAAAUUGGAUGCCAUCGAUGUUAGUUCUAAUGAAAUCUUGAGAGAUAAUAGAAGAAAAGUCAUUAAAUUUAUCCAAGAUCAUCAAAAGAGGUUAGAUAAAUUUAAAAAGGAAAUUAGUAACUAG